CAGCAACAAAAACACCCGUCGCCUUCAUUUCCACCUCAGUACAGACUGUACUGCUACAGUACCAAUUUCAGACGGAAAGGUGUAUUCCUGUUAGGCCGCUUGCGACUGUUCUCUCAGAAUCCGUAUACCACAUUUCUUCCCUCCCAACUUUCAAUUUUGAAUUUUUUAUUUUUUUUAAGCAAACUGAAGCUGAGCUGUCCCAUCAUCAAGUGACUGGAGGAUUGCGCUCCGUCGUCUGCUGAAGCUCUUUUGCCCCGUUCGAUGUGACAAUAACCAUCUCUCCGAACAUGUUGAUUCGCAUCUAUCCAACCACCACCACCACUGACAUCGCUCGCGCUGGGAGAAGCACCAGCCUUUACCUACCAACUGCAAACGUGUCCAAGUUGUGUUUCUAGCGCCGUUCCAUUGAUCCUACUACACGAGAGCAUCAUCUCUGCCCGUCAUGCCUGGCCUUCCCCCUUCGGUCGACCUCGACGAGUGUAUCUCGCGCCUUUACAAAAAGGAACUACUCGCUGAAUCGGUUAUCGAGGCGAUAUGCGCCAAAACAAAAGAGCUGCUAAUGCGCGAGAGCAAUGUCGUGCAUGUUCGCGCCCCCGUUACUGUUGUCGGUGACAUCCACGGCCAGUUCUAUGAUCUGAUAGAGAUAUUCAGGAUCGGUGGCUACUGUCCAGACACGAAUUAUCUAUUUCUAGGCGACUAUGUCGACCGAGGCAUGUUCAGCGUCGAAACCAUUUCUCUUCUUGUUUGUUUAAAACUGAGAUACCCCAACCGCGUCCAUUUGAUUCGAGGAAACCACGAGUCCCGCGGCGUAACGCAGUCUUACGGCUUUUAUACCGAGUGCUCGCGCAAGUACGGCAAUGCCAAUGUCUGGCAUUACUUUACCGACAUGUUUGAUUUCCUCACAUUAAGUGUGGUCAUCAACGACCAAAUAUUCUGUGUACACGGAGGUCUCUCCCCUUCGAUCCACUCUAUCGACCAAAUCAAAGUAAUCGACCGCUUCCGAGAGAUUCCUCACGAAGGCCCCAUGGCCGACCUAGUAUGGUCUGAUCCCGAUCCCGACCGCGACGAGUUCAGUUUAUCACCCCGCGGCGCCGGCUACACUUUCGGAGCGCAGGUGGUCAAGAAGUUCCUGGCGGUGAACAACAUGAACCACAUUCUGCGCGCGCACCAGCUCUGUCAGGAAGGGUAUCAGGUGCUAUACGACGACCGGCUGAGCACGGUAUGGAGCGCGCCCAACUACUGCUACCGGUGCGGAAACAUGGCAAGUGUCUUGGAGGUCAGCGAUACCGGAGAGCGCUUCUUCAAUGUGUUUGCGGCCGCUCCUGAGAACGACGCCGUUAAGGAUCAGCAGAUGAAUCAGGACAAGUCGGCGGAGGGGGGCGCAUUGCCGGAUUACUUUUUGUAGUAGUCGGCGAGAGACGGGAACCCCCCCUACAUAGUACGCAUUCAGGGCGAAUGGGGAUAGAGGACUGGAACAGAGAGCAUGAGCGUUGCGGAUGGUCUUGGCUUGAACUUGUUCGCACCAAAGAGUGUGAAUACACUGCAUAUACCCACGCUAGCGACCGCAAUGUCAUAGAUUAGAAGCAGGCAUGAAUGAUAGAGGUACUCGGGACAGUUUUUUUUUUUUUUUUU